AUCAUUCCCCAAACUCUGCCGGGAGUCAGUGUAAAUUUGGUUGCUGCACGGUGAAUGUCGAGCACUGGUCCGCAAUGGAGCCAGCUGCAGUCAAGAACAUAUUGUGGGGCGUAGCGUUCGCGUGGCUGCUUCACACUUCGUUCGUGGUUAGUUUAGCCAAGAACGCCACCAUUCCAGUGUCGCACAGAAACACGACAGCGCGGAAUGUGACUACCGGAAAUUCAACCCGAACUAAUCGUCAGAUAGGCUACAACACGUUCAGUCCUUAUGGUUUAGGUCUCUCAAACAUUUUGCCAAUCGGUGGCGGCAUCACGAAUUUUGGAUCUAACAUUAAUUGUCCCGCCGGAAGCUUCUUGCGUGAUGGACAGUGCGUACAACGUUUGUCGUACUGUGGUGCAGGCUACAAUCUGGUGGGAAAUACGUGUGUCGGUCAGGCCACCUGUCAGCAAGGCUACAAUUUGGUGAACGGACAGUGCCAGCUGCAAGCGCCGUGUGCUACACAAACGUGUGGAAUGGUACAGCAGGUUGCUGCUCCAGUAGUGCAAGCAGUAGCGCCGGUAGUAGUACAGGCGCCUGUAGUAGCUGCUCCGCCACCGCCCCCACCGCCACCUCCACCACCACCGCCAAUCGUUACGUGCACUUGUGAGGCAGGCUACACGCAGAUAGGCAAUCAGUGUAUGAAACAGGAGUCGAGGGCUACCGAAACCCGCACCCAAGAGAGUAGCCACAUCGAGCAGCUCACCUGUCCGGCCGGUUAUGAGCUGAACUACGAGGAUUGUAUACAGCAGCACAACCUAGAGGCUCGUUGUGUGCGAGGAACGCGCCGGGAUGACGUGUGUGUGGUGUCCGCCGAGUGCCGCUAUCCGUUCGCGAUCGAUGCGUACGGACGGUGCGUGAAGAACUCCACCGCAGCGGCCAGAUGUCCGCCGGGAACUCAGUUGGUGGGUGGCGUGUGUCUCUACAACACACCCGAGUGUCCUCCGGGCUAUCAAAAGCAAGCCGGCAUAUGUGUGCAACGGGAGCAGGUACCGAUCAGCUGCGAGGCCGGAGGCACCCUCUCCGGGAACUUGUGUGUGGUGGGAAAUCCACAAUGUCCGCCCGACUACCAAAUGUCUGGAGGACAGUGUGUGCUCGAACGCCGCACAGUUCCGCGCUGUCCGCCCGGGUCCAGAGCUCAGGACGACAUAUGUGUGGUGCAAGAGCUAAGCUGUCCGCCAGGCUUCACCGACCGGGGUGGUGGUGUUUGUGUGAAUCAGGAGCGUAAACCGGCGACCUGCCCGUCCGGAGCACGGCUUGUGGGCAAUGUGUGCGAAUCCGAGCGCGAGAUCUGUCCGCCGGACUACAAGCUCCAGUACAUGCAGUGUGUCCGGUACAGUGAACGACCCGCGACCUGUCCCCGCGCGAUGCAGCUACUGGGUGGCGAGUGUAUCUCAUCGUCGGUGAGCUGUGAGCCGGGCUUCACACUGCGCGGUGGUGAGUGUUUCCGGGAACUGGUGGGACGGCGAUCCUGUCCAGUGGGCAGUACGCGACGCGAGGAGCAAUGCGUCGUUGGCGAACCGAGAUGCGAAUCUGGCUUCACCCUACGGGACGGUGUGUGCGUGCAGCAGCUUCGGCAAGAACCGCGAUGUGCGGCCGGAGCGCAGUUCCGGCAAGGCAAGUGUGUGCUGCGUGUGGACGAUUGCCCACCGGGAGCGGUUCGACGUGAUGGACAGUGUGUGCGCGGCGAUCAGGUGAGGCCAACAUGUGACGCCGGGUUUUCCUACAUAAAUGGUCGCUGUCUGGCGGAGGCUCAGUGCGAGUACGGCUACACCUACAAAAAGUCGGAGUCGAUCUGCCAAAGCACGACGAGGGCGAGCAUGACCUGUCCGACCGGCACUCAGCUGGAGGGCGGAGAGUGUGUCACGCGCGAGAUGAUCUGUAUGGAGGGCUACACGCUACAGGCUGGACAGUGUGUGAUGCGCAUGACUACGGCGCCAGUUUGUCCGCCAGGGUCUACCAUGCACCGGGACCGGUGUCAGACGAGUAUUGCGGCCCAGUGUCGCGCCGGUAGCGUCCCCAUGAACGGUGGCUGUGAGAUCCAGGAGACGGCCUAUCCGAUCUGUCCGGCAGGGUAUCGGUUCUAUGCCGGACAGUGCCACGGUACUCUGACCACUUCCGUCCCAACUGCCACAGUGCAGGCGCCAAGCCCGUGUCUGUACGGUGCCUGUGCAAAUCCUUGCACUACCGGUAUCUGCGGCGUUCCUUGUGCAACGGGCUGCGCCACACAGGCGGCGCAAACGGUGCAAACGGUCCAAUCCGUCCAAACGGUUCAAUCGACGCAAGCAGCGACCUGCCAGGCAGGCUUCACCAUGCAGAAUGGGGUCUGUACACGGCGUAUGACCAUACAGAUGGACUGUCCGUACGGGUACAGCAUGGACGGUGGACAGUGUGUCGCGUACCACUCGAUGACUUGUACUGCCGGAAGCGUGCUGCAAGGUGAUCGGUGCGUUCGUCUGCAGGCCCGUCCGGCCACCUGCCGGGAUGGCUAUCGACAGGCCGGGGACCGCUGCAUCCACCAGCGACCCAUCUGUCCUCCCGGCUAUCGGAACGUUGGUGGAACGUGUGUGACCGUGAAGGAGCGGGCCGCUACCUGCCCGAAUGGAAGCAACAAGAAGAAUGGCUACUGUGUCACCACUCCGAACUGUCCGCCCGGGUACUACCUGCAUCAGGGUAUGUGUCAGCGAGAAGAGCACACGGCCAUCAGUUGCCCGAGUGGAUUUGUGCUGGCCGAUGGCGAGUGUAUCGCUCACUCGAGCUGUGCGUCCGGAUACCGGCUGGAGGGUAGCGUAUGUUUGCGCACGGAACAACGCACGGUAGAGUGUCCACGGCCGGCUCGACUUGUGCGUGGUUGGUGCGUGGUGGGCGUUCCUACAUGUGAGCACGGUUACGACUUCAUCGGUAGUCGUUGCAUCAAGACCGAGUACCGACGACCGGUAUGUCCCCCCGACACGCGACUCCGUGACAAUGUGUGCGUGCUGUCUCGUCCGCCGCGGUGCGAAGACGGAUUCACGUUCUCGGCCAACCAGUGCACCAAGUUGGAUCGACGACCGAUCGACUGCCCGUACGAGUUCCAAGUCCAGGGCGAUAAAUGCGUCUCACAUCGAUUGAUCUGUCCUCCAGGCUUUGCGAUGCAGGAUCGAGAAUGCGUGCGCGAAAUUCGCCGUACGAUAGCCUGUUCCUACGGAAGCACUCUGCGCGAUAAUCUCUGCAUUGGCGAAGGUCCCUCCUGCGAACCGGGCUACAAUAUGGUGCGUGGAGAAUGCAUUCGUACUAGCUACAACUCACCAGAGUGUCCGCCCGGCACUGUCCUCACCGAUGGGCGCUGUGUGCUGAGCGCGACCUGUGCCCCGGGUUAUCAGCUGCGUGGAAGCCUUUGCGUAAAGCAGCGUGUUGUGAAGCUAACGUGCGCCCGUGGAACGUUGCAGGAUGGGAAAUGUAUCGCACCUGGUCCGGACUGUCCCGCGGAGUACGAGAUGCGUCGAGAAGGAUGCAUCCGGCGAGAAACCACGCAACCGAGCUGCAGGGAGGGCAGUCUGCAGAACGAUUACUGUGUCAUUGGUCGACCGCAGUGUGCUGAUGGCUACCGGUACACGUAUGGUCGCUGCACGAAGGUGGUAAAGAUACGGGCCGAAUGUCGGGGCUCUGCCGUACUAAGAGAUGGCAUGUGCGUGACCAAGACGACCAGCUCCAGCGCUUACUGCUCGUCGGGCUACACUCUCCAGGGUGGAAUGUGCACGCGGACGAUCUAUACUCAGGCCACAUGUACGACCACGUCUUCUGCGCCGAUAGCUAGCAGCGUCGGCAGCAGCAGCAGUAUAUUAAGCAGUAGCAAUAUAAUAGCCAGCGCUCCUACCUACAUAUCGACUGGGUCGAUUCAAUCCGUGUCAUCGGUCCCGUCAUACGUCAGCUCGUCUGUCGGGACGAACGACAUAGCACCAUCGAUCGUAAUAGCCACGGAAGAACGAACGGACUUUGGUAAUAAAUUCGACGACUAUUUCACGGGCGAGAAUGAAGUCGGUGGGUUUGACGAUUAUUCCACCUACUCGGACGUGAAGGUAGAAACUAGUUACGAUUCGGAGGGAUCGUAUGUUGCUGGUUCCGAUUCGUAUGGUACCGAUUACACCUCGCCCGUUACCGAUUCCGCCACGCAUGUUUCCGAGUAUGACGUGAAAGUGACAGUGUCUAACAAGACGGUAGAGACCCCUCGCCAGGAUACGGCCAUAACACGCGAGAAGCGCUGUACCGUGAUUGGACCUCGCGUAUGUACGAACUUCAUGGAAUCGGGUUGGUCGUGCAAGCAGACAGAAUACCGUACCAUUGCGUCCAGCUAUUGCGAGAGCGAAAGCACCGUUAUCCAGUUGGUUGUUGGGCAGCACAUGUCCUACAACGGAACGUUUAUAGUGAUGGCGCCGCAGGAACAGCAAGAAGAUGAAUAUAGCUACGCUGAAGAAGAUACUGAAGAUGAGGAUGCUACAAUGGAUUGCAGUGAUUGUGCCGAUCAAUCGUACUCCUGCACCAAGUCAUGCUACACUUACGACGAGUGCAACAGCUGCAGCAGCGUUGAGCUUUCUAGCUUCUGCGAGACGACGAAUAUGACAGAGCUGUGCGAAUAUUUGUCGAUCGAUACAUAGCACAGAUCCACACAUCUAUUCUGCAAACAUUGCAAACGUUGCUGUGCUGACGGAUCACAGAAGCUGACUAACAAAAAAUUGAAUAAAUGAUUUUUAACGUAGCAAAAUAA